CUGCGGAACCAUCGACAGGCAGCUCCUCAGAUCCAGGGAACACAGAGAGUGUGACACACUGACCGACCCGUGUAGAGAAGGUUCUUUGGCCAUGGUGUGAGGGGAUUAACCAAGAUGGCUAACCGGCGUGUCCCACUAGUCCUGUUAGCCUGCGGCUCCUUUAAUCCCAUCACUAACCAGCACAUGAGACUGUUUGAGCUGGCCAGGGACCACAUGCACAGCACAGGCCAAUACCAGGUGGUGGGUGGCAUCGUGUCUCCAGUGAGCGACAGCUAUGGAAAGCAAGGCCUGGUACUGGCUAAGCACCGCAUUGCGAUGGCGAAGCUGGCGCUGCAGAGCUCCAACUGGGUCACGGUUGAUGAAUGGGAGAGCCAGCAGCCAGACUGGACGGAGACGGUGGUAACUAUGAGGUAUCAUUAUGGACGUAUUCUAAAGGAGUAUGAGGGAAGAGCAGGGAAGCACAUGAACUCCAACGGUGACACCACUACCCUCGCAGGACCCCAGCUGAAGCUCCUCUGUGGAGCCGAUUUCCUCGACACCUUCAAGAUCCCCGGCUUGUGGCAGGACGAGCACGUGGAGGAGGCGGUCGGGCGCUUCGGCCUCGUCUCUGUCAGCCGCGGCGGGCUGCAGCCUGAGCAGACUGUGCACGAGUCGGACAUGCUCUCCCGCCACCAGCGAAACAUUUUCCUGGUGAGGGAGUGGAUGAGGAAUGAGACGAGCGCCACGGAGGUGCGUCGGGCUCUGAGGCGGGGUCAGAGCGUGAAGUACCUGAUCCCAGACUCAGUGAUAGAAUAUAUUCACCAGCACAAGCUUUACACAGAGGACAGCGAGAGGAGGAAUAAGGGCACGGCGCUGAGGCCACUCACCAAGCAGGCACAAGAGCCAUCGACCACAGCAGACCUCCUCGCCCGCAGAAACACAGCCAUCAUGCCUGUCGAUCUGAAUGGAUAUUGGAAAAUGAUUUCCAGUGAUAACUUCGAGGAGUACCUGAAGGCUCUCGAUGUGAAUGUCGCCAUCAGGAAAAUCGCAACCUUGCUGAAGCCUGACAAGGAAAUCAGCCACGACGGCGACCACAUCGUCAUCAAGACCCUCAGCACCUUCAAAAACUACAACAUGGACUUCCACGUGGGCAAAGAGUUUGAGGAGGAUCUGUCCGGAGUGGAUGACAGGAAAUGCAUGGUGUGGCGACCUAUGGCUCGGACACAUCUGGUGCACACCCUGCAGACAGAUAAACUGACUCUUCUCGGUGGCACAUAUCUGGACUGCACAGCACUGUCACCAUCUGCCACCAUGCCAGCAGACUUCAGUGGGAAAUGGAUACUGGAAACCAGUGAGAAAUUUGAGGAGUAUUUGAAAGCACUAAACAUUGACUUUGCCACGAGGAAAAUCGCCAUCUCCCUGUCUCAGACCAAAGUGGUCGCCCAGGACGGAGACAAGUUUGACUUCAAAACACUGAGCACCUUCAGGAAUUAUGAGCUGGCCUUCACUGUGGGGGUGGAGUUUGACGAGCACACCAAGGGACUCGACAACAGGAACAUCAAGUGUUUGGUAAACUGGGACGGUGACAAGCUGGUGUGCAGCCAGAAAGGAGAGAAGGCAAAUCGAGGCUGGAAACACUGGAUAGAGGGAGACAAACUUUACCUGGAGCUGACGUGUGAAGAUGUACUUUGUCUUCAGGUGUUCAAGAGAAAAGAAUAAAAUAUGUGCAAAGGUCUGUUUUUGUUUUGAUUUGCUUGGUUAACUAUGUCCUUGCAUGCUCCUCAGUGACAUGUUUCCCCACAUUUGAACAAAAUGAAUAAAGGCAGUUUUUAGACAA